UGGAACGAUCAUAAGCAUCAAUCAACAAGAACGUUGUGAUUAUGGGUACUGAAAAUGAUGAAGAGGAUGAAGAAGAGGAGAUGAUAAUAACAUCCAAACUUCAACUUGUCUUGGCGGCGAAAUCGAGAAAACAACAGUACACUUCAUCACCAGUGAUAAGCCAUCACGUGUCACUAUCACUCUUGUCUUCACCUGAUGACUUAUCACACUCUCGCGCUUCGGUUCCUUUCUCAUGGGAAGAAGAACCUGGCAAGCCUAAACAACAUACUCUUCUACGAGCUCCUCCUAAAUACCCCAAGCGUCUUGAUUUGCCUCCGAGGCUGCUUCUUCCUCGUGAAGGUACUAAAACGCCUCUGGCUUGUGAUCAUCCUCGUUAUCUCGCAGCGUUGAAACGGUGGUUCCGGUUGAGGAAAGAUCGAGCUGAUAAUGAUAAUGACGUGGUGGGACAGUGCAGUUUUGUCGUUUCAUCGGAAAAUGAAAAUGAUAUGAAGAUCACAAGAACAACAAGUCGUCUCCAUUGUCUCUAUGAUGUCGCUAGGUGUUACUUAUGGGAAGUUCCAUGGAAGAAGAAGAAGUUGAAAAGAGAUGACAUUUGACGUACGGUUUAAGAGAUGAUUCGUUCAUACAUACAUUGUCAUUACUCAUUAGAUAAGUCUGAUACAUCGUUGGAUACUUGUCUAGUGGACCAAGUACUUAUAUGGGUUUUUACAGGCCUGACAACACAGCCCCAAUGAAAUUAAUAUCGAAUUUUGUGUUAAAACUUUUUCUUGAUCGAGCUGGAUUCGAAUGUAUGGUUGUUCAAUAGAUAUAUCACAUGGAAGAAGAUAGCAUGUUGAGAUAAAGUAACCAAGUUGCUUUGGUCUAGUUGUAUAGGAGCUCCAGCUGGAGUGCCCGUCCCUGGAUUCGAGCCUUGGCCACUGCGGAAUUUACAUGUGGGCUGCAGCAUCCGAGACCGAAGACCGUUACACGGUGAGUCACAUGAUGACGCCAUGGCAGCGUCUAUGCUCACUUCGGUCUCUAGUCUGGACUACCUCGAUGGGGCCAGGAUACUCGGUUAGCAAAAAAAAAAAAAAAAAAAAAAAAAAGUUGCGAUAAAGUACCGUGGGCCAUAUAGAAUGGCCUAAUAAUGCAUAAUUAGUGGCUAGGAUCAUGUGAUUCUUUCAGAUGUGAUCAUCAUUACAUCAAAGCGGUCCAAUAAAUUAUUUUCUCUGUAUAAGUUCGGUGGCAACGAUUCUUAAUACAUUUUUUCUAUUCAAUGUACAAGUUGUACACACAUCUGAAUGAGCCUAGUUUGCUUCGACCUAGCUAGUGGUGGUAAACCAUGUGAGACGUGGUAGGUCGUUUAAGGAUGGAGUAAAACGGCAGGCGAGGUGAUCAAGCUAGCAUCCACAAAACGACACUGGGAAUUGAGUGUGAGAGAGAGAGAGAGAGAGAGAGAGAGAGUAUUGUGUGGGAGAGGGUGUUUGGUUGGGUUGGAAAGACAUGUGUCGACGUCAGUAAGAGAAAGGAUUUGAUCAAAGAAACAGUCCUUUAGAUUUAUAAAAUGCUAAUUAUUUCAAUCACGCCCUAAAACUAGGGCCCAGCCACUUCCUUUUUGUCGCUUCCUGUCGGUCCUUCUCUGAUUCUUCUCCGAUCCCUCAUCUUCUGAAUUAUAUGCAUUGAUAACCAAACCUUUUUUUUAUCAAGAUAACCAAUUGUUUUUUUGUUUUGUAUUAAGCAAUAUAACCAAUGUGUUUUUUUUUGUAUCAACCAAUGUGUUUUCUAUGAAGCAAUAUAGCCAAGAUUUUCAUAUGACUAUUUUUAUUUUCUCUACCUAUUGAUUGAAAUCAAUAUGAAACCGCUUAAUGUAUGAUGCUCAAAUGUAAGUAACUAGUGUGAUUUAAUAAAUUUUGCAACCAUCAUUGACUACAAUAAAGCAGGUUGUAUAGCUAUGGUUUAUUAACACGUGAUUUGAUAUUUUUAGAAUGAAUGCGGUAUUGUUUGUUUAAAAGUUUUUUUUUUUUGAAAAAUUGUUUGUUUGAAAGUUUUUUCUGUGUUUCUUAUUGGCCUCGAUUUUCAGUUUAUGUGCUUUUUACAAACUUUUAUUCUAAUUAUCUGAUUAGCGCGACAUUUUUUUAUUGCUUUUACGAUUUAAGAAUAUGAUCAUGAUAACUUUAUUUGCCAUGUGUGGUAUAAUAAAGAAGAACACUUGAUAUAAGGGGUGAAAUUUUCGUGACAUAUUCCUAGAAAUAACAUAAUAAAAUAAAAUAAAGUAUUACGUCCGAAGAAUAAUCCAUAAUCCCUAAUUACAGUCAACAUAUAUAUAGUAUUUUAUAUAAAGCUUAAGCGAAAAACCAUAUGUGCUUUAUGGACCAUGUUAAGUCUGAUAUUUAUUACAAAUUAAUCACGUUAAUAAGAAUUUCAAGUUCACCACCGAAUUUCGCCACCUAAUCUACACAUACUUAAUAAAUCAAUUAAGAGAUUAUAAGAUCUAUUUUAAACGUCAAUUAUAUACAUGUAAAGAUGAUAUAACGUAUAACGUGUCUGGGUUUUGAAAUUGACGGAUCGUAAGCUAAAUAGAUAAUUUAAAAUCCCAAAAUGGAUGGGCGGGAAUAGUAUACAACUCAUAAUUCCACUGACGCUUUGUAUUGAAAUAAGAGUAAUCAGCAUGAAUAUAAAGAUAUAUAACAAUAAUAUUCGCCUUCUAUAUUUAUAAAUAGUAUAACUACGAAAUAUACUAUCACAACAAUCCAUCCACAACAAAAGAGAACUUUAUAUAUUUUUAUAUACUCAAUAUUGCAAUAUAUGAAAUUAUGAAUUAUGUUUCAGCUCAAAUUAACGCAAAUUAAAACACGAGAUGUUGAGACUUGAGAGCUAUUGUAUUUUUUGGUUAAAUUGAGAUUUCACUAAAACAUGAGAGUUUUGACCACCGCCUAGGGAGAAUUAAGUAUGUACCAUGGGACAUGGAUCAUAUGAGAAGCUGAAACGUAAAAAAAAAACACGACCAACAAGUUAGUCAAAACAGUGGUAAAACUAUAAUAUUCAAGUAGAGGUAAAUUUGGGGAUAUAUGCAAACUCAUCA